AUGGAGCCGCUCUCGGCGCGCUCGCUGCACCCGCCCCUCGAUCAAUACUGCUCGCUGCGACCGCCUGGCCGAGCUCCCCCGCCCUUUGUGGUCCGAGAUGCCGCGGGGGCCCCCAAUCUCCCCCCGUCGCCGCGCCCCCCACGAAGCCUCUGCCCCGCCCGGGGCGGCCCCCACCUCCCCGACACCCUCCCGCCCCUCCCAGACUCUCCGUCCCCUCCUAGCCUCACAUCACCCGCAGCCUAG